AUGGAACAAGAAGGAGAAGUUGAAUCUUUAAAAUCAAUAAGCAAAAACGCUGCAAAGAAGGAAGCAAUAAAGCAAGAGAAAUUACGUCGUCGUCAGGAAGCAGCAGCAGCAGCCGCCGCCGCCGCUUCCUCACUUUCUAUCGAGGAGGACCCACUCGCGGCGAACUAUGGUAAUAUUCCGCUUUUAGAUCUGCAAUCGAAGUUGGAAGCAGAUCUAAAAGCGUGGACACGAGUUGGAGACCUAACUCAUGAGCUGCAAGAUAAAGAGGUAUUGAUUCGUGGCCGUGCUCAAACCACGCGUGCUGUUGGCAAGAACAUGGCAUUUGUUGUGGUGAGAGAGAGAGGUUUUACUGUGCAGUGUGUGGUUACUGCUAAGCCUGAUUUGGUUAGUAAGCACAUGGUUAAAUUCGUCGCUGGUCUGAGUCGGGAGUCAAUUGUUGAUGUACAUGGCGUCGUUUCGGUUCCCUCUGUUCCUAUCAAGGGCGCCACACAGCAGGUUGAGAUUCAAGUUAGUAAGCUUUAUUGUGUUAACAAAUCUAUGCCAACACUUCCCAUUAGUAUCGAGGAUGCUUCUCGAAGUGAAAAGGAAAUUGAAGAAGCUUUGCAGGCUGGAGAACAACUUGUUCGUGUCAAUCAGGAUACACGUCUGAAUUAUAGAGUUCUCGACAUGCGAACAUUAGCUAACCAAGGGAUUUUCCGCAUUCAGUGUCAAGUUAGCAAUAUAUUCAGGCAGUUUUUAUUGUCAGAAGAAUUUGUUGAAAUCCACACUCCAAAACUGAUAGCAGGCUCCAGUGAGGGUGGUUCUGCUGUGUUUAGGCUGGACUACAAAGGUCAACCUGCCUGCUUGGCCCAGUCGCCUCAACUUCACAAGCAAAUGGCAAUUUGCGGUGAUUUUGGGCGUGUUUUUGAGAUUGGUCCAGUUUUCAGGGCAGAGGACUCUUACACUCAUAGGCAUUUAUGUGAGUUUACGGGUCUUGAUGUUGAAAUGGAGAUUAAGCAACACUACACUGAGGUGAUGGAUAUUGUUGGCAGUUUAUUUGUUGCAAUGUUCGAUCAUUUAAAUGAAAAGUGCCACAAAGAUCUUGAUGCAGUUAGGAGGCAAUAUCCGUUUGAACCUUUGAAGUACCUGCGAAAGACUCUGCGCCUAAGGUUUGAAGAAGGGGUUCAAAUGCUCAAGGAAGCAGGAGUGGAAAUUGAUCCUUAUGGAGACUUGAAUACAGAAUCAGAGAGAAAACUUGGCCAGCUUGUUUUGGAAAAGUAUGGCACUGAGUUUUACAUUCUUCACCGGUAUCCUUUGGCUGUUAGGCCAUUCUACACCAUGCCGUGCUACGAUGAUCCAAAAUACAGUAACUCAUUUGAUGUCUUUAUUCGAGGUAAACCAUUUGAUGAGUAUUUUAGUCUCAUUAGUAUGAAAGUUACACUGGUUGCUUUACAUCUGGAGUCUUGGACAUUUCUAUUACCUUUGUUAUGUUUGCAUGUGUACAUGCAUGCAUUCUUGGACAAGUUUUCAAUGCAUAUGGAAGGUGAGGAGAUAAUUUCUGGAGCACAGCGUGUCCAUGUGCCAGAAUUGUUGGCAGAACGUGCACAGGCAUGUGGUAUUGAUGUCAGCACAAUAUCAACAUACAUUGAUUCUUUCAGAUAUGGUGCCCCUCCACAUGGUGGGUUUGGAGUGGGGUUGGAGCGUGUGGUGAUGCUAUUCUGUGGUCUGAACAAUAUUCGUAAAACGUCACUUUUCCCUCGUGACCCGCUUAGGAUUGCUCCAUGA